AUGCAGCCCAUUGAGGCCGUGCUCUUCGGAAUAUCAACACUCCUCGUGCUCGCUCGAUUAGCCCUUCGAACCAUCCGACAACACCAGAGUCUCACCGUGAGCGAUUGGUUUCUCGUCGUCUCUCUUCUCGAUGCCGCUGCGUUAUUUGGGACCGACACGGCUGCGUACAACUUGGGAGGAAUGGAUGAAUAUGAUCCGAGUGCACCGCCGCGGAGUAUUGAGGACCAGAUCACGUUGAUGAAGGUGUCGUUUGCGGGAAACUAUUUCUACGAUACGGGAGUUUACUUUCCGAAGCUGGCGUUGCUGGCGCUUUACUUUAAGCUUAUUCCUCAGACGUUACCGCUGCUACGCAAGUUUCUUUAUGGAGUUACUGCUUUGACGGGGUCAUUUAUGCUUACGACUUGUUUUCUGGAUACGUUUUGGUGCGGCGCCAACGUAUCUGUCAAUUGGGAGCUUGAUGGAGAGUGCAGCACGUUUGACUCGAAGACUGUCUUCCGAAUUGAUUGGGCUAUGAAUCUCAUCUCUGACAUGCUUGUAUUUGCACUGCCUUUUCCGCUUCUUUUUGGUCUACAGCUUAGUAGACGUUACAAAGCAGGUCUCGUCGCAAUCUUUGCUUCUGGACUCAUCACAUUGGGAGCAAGCAUUGGAAGAUUUGCGACCGUCGAGGCAAUUCACGCCUGGACCAACGUCUACGUCCUGUCAAUGACAGAGAUCGCUGCCGCAAUAGUCGUCGUAUCUCUCCCCGCCCUCAAAUCCCUCCUCCACGGCCUCGGCCUGCGCUCCUCCAAGCAAAACACCACGCAGACAGGCUCUGGCUACAAUAAGCACUCAGGUACAGUGACAGCCUCAAGUCACUUCAACAAGCUGUCCAGCGGCCGUGACCACCACAGAGAACAGUACGCCUCCACGGCUCGCGUGGCGGCGGGCGCCGAAGAAGACUCCGGCAGUGAAGUGGAGCUGACCAACCUUCAAGGUAUCUACAAGUCGGCCCGCAUAAGUGUGACCUACCAGCGAAGAGAAGACGGUGACUGGCAGGGUAAUUCGGGACGGGGGUGA